UUCCAGGAGCAGAAUUCCCUGAUUUCCUUCCUGGAGGAUUCCCCCAAGCCGCCUCCCCGGCGGGUGACGAUGACGCUGCCGCUGCUCAACGCCGCCAAAUCCCUGCUGCUCGUGGCCACCGGCGCCUCCAAGGCUCCCGUCAUCAAGCGGAUCCUGGAGCAGCAGGAGCAGCAGGAGCCGCAGGAGCCGCCGCGUGCCGCGCGGCUCCGGCCCCGUUCGGGGCGGCUCCGGUGGCUCCUGGACCGGGAGGCGGCGGCCGAGCUGAGGGAGCCCCCGGGACCCUGAACCAACGGGAAACGGGGACAUGGGCUGGGGGGGGAGGAAUUCCGGGGGGAAAUGGCUGGAAAAUGGGGAAAUUCCGUGGGAAAAUGUCCUUGAAACUGAGAAAUUCCAUAGAAAAAUGUCCUUAAAAUGGGGAAAUUCCAUGGGAAAAUGUCUUUAAAAUUGAGAAAUUCAAACGAAAAAUGUCCUUAAAAUUGAGAAAUUCCGUGGGAAAAUGGAGAAAUUCCUGGGAAAAUGGGGAAAUUCUGUGGAAAAAUGUCCUUGAAACGGAGAAAUUCCAUAGAAAAAUGUCCUUAAAAUGGGGAAAUUCCAUGGGAAAAUGGAGAAAUUCCAUGGGAAAAUGUCUUCAAAAUUGAGAAAUUCAAUGGAAGAAUGCCCUUAAAAUUGAGAAAUUCCGUGGGAAAAUGGAGAAAUUCCGUGGGAAAAUGUCCUUAAAAUGGAGAAAUUCCAUGGAAAAAUGUCCCUGAAAUGGGGAAAUUCCAUGGAAAAGUGGAGAAAUUCUGUGGGAAAAUUGAGAAAUUCCAUGGAAAAGUGGGCUGGGAAUGGAGGAAUUCCAGGAAAAAUGGAGAAAUUCCAGGAAAAAUGUCUUUAAAAUUGAGAAAUCCAUGGGAAAAUGGCCUGGGAAUGGAGAAAUUCCAUGGAAAAAUGUCCUUAAAAUUGAGAAAUCCAUGGAAAAGUGGGCUGGGAAUGGAGGAAUUCCAGGAAAAAUGGAGAAAUUCCAUGGGAAAAUUCCCUUAAAAUUGAGAAAUUCCA